UUCUUCAUCAUCAAUUAACAGAAAUUGACAAUUAUCAAUUGCAUGUCGCUCGCUAAGGCCAAUACAUAAACUCAUAUUCCAUCUAAGGAAGCUAUUAACCCUUCUUCGCAGUAAACAUAAAAAUCAAGUGCAUUAAACUUUAUAAAACAUGAGUGAUCAUGAACACGGAGGAUAUUAAUUUGAGAGAAAGUAUUUCCGAGGAACAAAUACUAACUAAGAACAACUAAUAGUGAAUGAUCAGCUCACAGAGAGGUCGGUUUGCCUAUUUUCUCACUUGGUUUUAGCACAAGUUCGCCAAGUCGUUUCAAAUACAUCGAAAUGUAUAAGGUUGUGGUUUUCCUCAUAUUUCUGGGACUUGCUGUUUCUUCCACUGUGAACGAAGAUAAUAUUCCACCUUACGUGAAACAAUGUUAUGAAGGUGAUCUCCAAUUGAUAAAAUGUUUCAAGGAUGCCCUGCAUCAUCUUACUCCAUAUCUGGCUGAAGGCAUCCCAGAAAUCGAGUUACCUUCAGUAGAACCCUUCAGAAUGGAUGAACUUUCUUUGUCUCUAACUACUGGACCAAACGGAUACAAAGUAUCUCUACUGGAUAUAGACAUCUUUGGAGCUAGCAAUUUCAGUGUGAAGAAACUGAGAUUGAGUGAAAAAGACCGACCUUUCGAGACAAGAAUUCACAUUCCAAAAUUGAAAAUCAACUCAAGAUAUAAGAGCAGUGGGGUACUUAUCAUCUUGCCAGCUAGUGGAAAUGGGACCUUGAAUGGACUUUUCGAAGACUUAACAGCUAUAGUAAGAGGAACAGCCAGUAUUUCUGAGAAGGAAGGAGUUAAAUAUCUGCAUAUAGAUACUUUGAAUGUCGAUAUAGAAAUCAAGAAUGUGAAAAUGGUUGUCAAGGAUAUUUAUAGGAACAAUAGUAUACUGACUCAAGCAAUAAACCUAUUUCUACGUGACAAUGGUCAAGAAAUCCUCCGGAUAAUGUUACCACAACUCAGAAUGAAGCUAGCUACUUUAUUCAUGGAUAUUUCAAAUAAAUUAUUGAGUCACCUGCCACUGGAUGUAUUUUAUGUGCCGUUAUCAAAGCAGAAGAAAACAUGAAGGAAUACCAAAAAUUGUACUUUAGGUAUUAGGUAGAUUAUUUUUAAAUUGAUCAUGUCAAAAAGAGACAAAUUCAGGUUCCUUUUUAGGAUAGCAUGUAAAUGAUUGAUAUAUGUAAAUAGGACUGAAAUUAUUUAAUGAAUGUAUAAUAAAUGUAAUGGAAAUUAUGAA